AUGGUGGGGGGAAAUGGUGAGGGAGGCGGCAGGGAGGACGACGGGCAUGCACGCGGCAGCGGCGACCAUGCACGCGGUGGACGCCGGCUUGGACUUGCGGGGUCAAGGCGUGGCCCUAAUCCGGUGACAAGGUGGCCUGUUGAUCGUCCAACUGUAGAAGCACAAGAGAAUGGUGGAGUUGGUGAUUCUGAGGAGCAUGUAGAACAAGAACAAGAGGCAGAUAACAAUGUGGAAGGCGAUGGGAAUGGAGGAGCCUCAGGAAAAGAAGGUGGUAUCAACUCCAUGAGAAGCAUACUGUAUAUGCUAUGGUUCUAGAGAGGACCAAAGCUGGGGUAUUGAGUCCAGGAGUGUCCAAAGAAGUGUCUGAACUAACGGGUAUACCUCAGCGGACAGUGCAAAACUGGUGGAAGAAAUGUAAGGAAGCUGGUGGAAUACACGCACUAGAAAA